CCUCUCCGGGCGAGUGGAGCUGGGACGCGUCUGGCUGCAAAGGAGGGACCAAAAGAUGCAUCAGGAUCUCUGGGCUCGCGCCGCUUCACGUCCGGGGUUCUGGCCCCAGCUCCCCCGCCGAGUGCCCCCCUCCAGCAUGCCGACCGCCCACCCCCCAGUGAGGAGAUGACUUGGCGCCAUGCGCCCCCCGAUACCCCACCCCCACCCGGAGCCUCCGUGGUCCCCCUCUUGCUGCUGCUGGUCCUGGUCUCCCCGGGCCACGGCUGCAUCUUCUCGUUCCACCCGCUGAGCACAACCUUCUCCAUGGCCAUCGACGAGCUGACCCAGCAUCUCCUCCACGAUUACCCCGUCUCGAUGCCGUCGAACCUGGAACCGGACACCUGGUGCGCUGAGCUGUGGAGGAUCCAUUUCCUGGCGGCGGAGCUGGGGCACAUGGGGGGCGUCGCGGGCCCGGCCCUGCAGCCCCUCGUGGCCACUGUGACCAAGCAGGUCCAGUUCGUCCAGGAGUGCGGCAUUACCGAUCCGAUGGGCUGCGUGGGGUGGGAACGCACCAACGUGUCAUGGAUGCUGAGUGCCCUGAACGGCCACCUGGCGGCGCUGAGGAGCAAAAUCCUACGUCAGGCGGGGCCAAUCGACUUCAGUAACUGCACCCCCGUCCGCUGCCAGCCAGCAGCCCCGGCUCUGUCGCCUGCUCCGCUCGGGCUCCCGCAACCCGGCUUCUCCAGCCAGAAGCAGGUGGGAACCCAGGCGUCCGGGGCCGGCUCCUUGCACCAGAACCACCUGCCGGUGCUGAUCCUCCUGGUGCCCAUCCUGGUGUCUCUGGCCUUCGUGUGGCAGCGUCAGAGGAGGCUCCGUGGCCAGGACCCCCGGAGCCACGGUCGGUCCCGCUGCUCCGGACUCUGCGACAGGGGCAGCCAGCGCAGGUGGAGGCUGGGGCUGCCGGAACCGGAUGCUGCUUUCCACGCGCCGCUCCCGCGAGCCAAGCGGAGGGUGGAAUCGGACUGCAGAGCUGAGCCCUGA